AUGGUUAACUCCUGUUGUGGCUCUGUCUGCUCUGAGCAGGGCUGUGAUCAAAGUCCCUGCCAGGAAGGCUGCUGCCAGACCACCUGCCGCCCCAGCUGUGGAGUGUCCAGCUGUGGAGUGUCCAGCUGCUGCCGCCCAGUCUGCUGCCAGACCACCUGCCGCCCCAGCUGUGGAGUGUCCAGCUGCUGCCGCCCAGUCUGCUGCCAGACCACCUGCCGCCCCAGCUGUGGAGUGUCCAGCUGCUGCCGCCCAGUCUGCUGCCAGACCACCUGCCGCCCCAGCUGUGGAGUGUCCAGCUGCUGCCGCCCAGUCUGCUGCCAGACCACCUGCCGCCCCAGCUGUGGAGUGUCCAGCUGCUGCCGCCCAGUCUGCUGCCAGACCACCUGCCGCCCCAGCUGUGGAGUGUCCAGCUGCUGCCGCCCAGUCUGCUGCCAGACCACCUGCCGCCCCAGCUGUGGAGUGUCCAGCUGCUGCCGCCCAGUCUGCUGCCAGACCACCUGCCGUCCCAGCUGUGGAGUGUCCAGCUGCUGCCGCCCAGUCUGUCAGACCACCUGCUGUGGUACAACUUGCUGCCGCCCCUCUUGUUGA